UCUGAGUUCAUAAUCCGUUCUUCCGAGCUUUUUCUGUUGCAGAGACCUUCAGGCUAAGCAAACCAGAGCAGGGCAAUGCACGGGUCUGUGCCUUGAGCGACAAACCAGAAAAUGAUCAGAACAGGGAGAGAGCUUUUGCUCGGACUUCUUCUGGUUUGUGUCUUCUCUUCCUCUCCUGCUCAGGGAUGUAAUAUCACAAAAGAAUGCUGUGAGAAGAAAAUUAACGUCACUGAGUGUUCUAACGACUUCAAAGCAAAUGUCAAUAGUUCUCUAUCCACCAUAAAGGAGAGCGAUGACGUGACUCUAGAAUGCUCCCACAACAUCCCUGCUCUGAACUUGAGCUAUGAAUGGUUCUGGAAUGACAAAAAAAUUGUCGAAGAUAAAGACAAAUAUGAUCAUGUCAAUAACAAAACAUUAAUUUUGAAAAAAGUCCUUUCAAGCAGAAAGGGCGAUUACAAAUGCUUUGUGACCACCUCAUGUGGCAGCUGUGAAUCCGAGCCAUAUCAUCUCGAAAUAGAGAACAACUCAAUCGUGAUCAUAAUUGUCUGUGGGGUUGCGGCUUUGGCCCUUAUCCUAAUAAUGGGGGUGGCUAUGAAGAUUAAGCUUAAAAAUGACAAGGUUCAACACAAGGAGAGAAUGAAGCAGAGGGCAGAGCAGAGGGCACAAGAUGCACAGAAUGCUGGUCCAAUCCCAUUUUCCAGAGGAUACUGAAGAAAAUGGCCUUUUGCAUAUAACUGUGAUGGAUUCUAAGCUUCCUGUCCUGUCAAUGAACUUUUUCUGUUUCCUUCUGUAAAUAAAGUCUCCAGUUUCACUUGGUGUCACUGUUGGGGGAUAAGAAAUUCAAAGUUAAAGAACACAUCAGUUGUUUUUUUCUCUCUUUUUUCUCAGAUUGUAUAUUUCUGAAAAGGUUACUGUUAACAUUCUCACUAGAUGUUUGCAAAAACCCCAGUAAUAAACAAAAACCUUGAUUUACAAUGUUAAUGUGAAUUGAAAUAGCAUAGAGUUAAUAUAUUGAAUGGAAGAGGUGCAAAUAUAAAUAAAGAGCUAAAAAUCUAA